AAUGAGCAGUGCUGCAUUACGUAAGGCAGAUGCGUGGUUUAUAACAGGGAAAUCGAAGCGCUGGAGUAGCGGAAGUGGUACUGCCCUGAACGAUAGGCUGAUCGAGACGGAAGACUGAAUCGCCCGGAGAGAUAAAACAGAAUAAAAAUCAUCCAUACCUCUAGAAGAUGGACAAGAACGACCUGGUACAGAAGGCCAAGCUCGCCGAGCAGGCUGAGCGCUAUGAUGACAUGGCUACGGCCAUGAAGUCUGUGACCGAGCAGAGUGCGCCCUCGGAGCUUUCCAACGAGGAACGCAACCUGCUUUCAGUCGCCUAUAAGAAUGUGGUCGGAGCGCGCCGCUCUUCCUGGCGUGUCAUUUCCAGCAUCGAGCAGAAGACCGAGGGUAACGAGAAAAAGCAGCUGAUGGCCAAAGAAUACCGGGAGAAGAUUGAAGUGGAGCUGAAGGAUAUCUGCAAUGAUGUGCUUGGCCUACUGGAUAAUUUCCUUAUUAAAAAUGCAGUUGCCGCUGAGAGCAAGGUCUUCUACCUGAAAAUGAAAGGAGACUAUUAUAGAUACCUGUCUGAGGUUGCAUCUGGAGAUGACAAAAAGGUAACUGUUGGGCAUUCUCAAGAGGCAUACCAACAAGCUUUUGACAUCAGCAAGGGAGAGAUGCAGCCAACACACCCCAUCAGGCUUGGUCUGGCCCUCAACUUCUCUGUCUUCUAUUAUGAAAUCCUCAGCAGCCCAGAAAAGGCCUGCAGCCUGGCUAAGACGGCAUUUGAUGAAGCCAUUGCUGAGCUUGAUACUUUGAAUGAGGAUUCCUACAAAGACAGCACCCUGAUCAUGCAACUACUAAGGGAUAACCUCACUCUGUGGACAUCAGAAAACCAGGGAGAAGAGGGGGAGGCAGGAGAAGGGGACAACUAAAGGAAAUUGCACUGUUAAUCCACCUACACUCUUAUCUUAAACACAGACAGCUUAUAUACAUCCCCUCCACUCCAUCAGCCCCUCCCACUUCUGUAUGACAAGCAGCCUGAAUUGCUCCUGAUCAACUAGUUUUACCCCUCUCAACUUUAUUGUGAGGUGACAGGGUAAUUUUUUUCAGUUCUUAGCAGACUCAGUCACUUUGUGGAAAUAUGUUGUAUUGAGUAGUGAGUCCAUGUUGCUGAAUAUGUUUUUAUUUUGGCUUUGUAUGUACUGUAUGUAUGCUGGUUUGUGCAGAAAGAGAGCAUGUGAGUGUGAGUCUUAGAAUAACAGGUUGGGGUUGUUGUGAAUUUUAAUUGUUCUUUUCAAUUGUUGCUUUUAUCCCUGCUAUAAUUUCUUGUGCAUUUAUAAUUCCUUUUUUGCUACUUUUAUUUGUGAUUCCUCAUGCUUCUUCGAAUUUUUAUUGUGUACGGUAAUCAAGUUGGCAGUUGAUUUUCAAGACAACACUGUGAGGGUUAAUGUUCAAUUUCUCAAAAAUUCUAUUUGAAAACUGGUAAAAUCCUGUAUUCAGCUAACUGCAAUUCUGCUGUGAGCUCAUACAGAAAGGAGGCAGGCUGUAUUGUGACACUGACAUCUUGGUGUAAUCCUCCUUGAUCAUGUUCACACAACUUUCACUGUUUAAAAGUUUAAGGGACCCCAUAAAUUGUGAUUUUUAGAUUUGUUUUAGACAUAAUAUUACAUUCCACCUUCUUAGGAAUAGGCAAAGCUCAUUUUUAUUAUUUUAUUAUUAAGUAUGGUUUGUCUUUUGUAGUUUUACUCGCUGUUCAGGUGCUGCUUGAACUCAAGUACAAAAAAAAUUGUAUGUGCAUAAAUGUGGUUCUCAGUAUUUUGCAAGUUUGACUAUCAUCUGUAUGUACAACUAAAGUAAUCUUAUGAUAUUGAUGUUAUUUGAAAUUGUCUUACACACACUGUAUCAACACUGCUUGCAAAAUAUUCCUCUUCAAAGCGGUUAAUUUAAGUAUGAAUUUGCCUGGGCUGGCUUUUUCAUGUUUUCAAGUGAAUGCCAGCAAAUCUUUCUCUAACGUAAAUACAAACAGAAAUGGAGAAAUCUUGUGUGUAAAUUAGUUUCACUUUGAUAUAUAGUGUGAAUAGGCACAUAAAAAUAUCAGGGUUAUCUGAAUGCAGACAAUUUGGAUAUUUGGGAAAAGGCUCAGUGUCACAAUACCAUAACAUCACCACUACAUUCCACAUAUUGUAGUUGAAGACACCAUUCCACAUUUUAGCUGACAGUCUGUUUAUUAUGACAAUGUUCCAACGAAUUGAAUAAUCAUGUUUUGGGAAAAAAAUGAAUCCAUGUAAGUUUGUUAUUAUGCUUGAUGAAAAUGCAGUUAGUGAAUGUGGGACAAAGCCUGUCUGUAUAUCAGGUAUCUACUUGCUUUGUUUUUACUGACAAGUCUUAUGGCUUAAAAAAUAAUAAUUUGCUUCUGUAACAGUCUAUUAUUACCCAGUGCACAAAAGUGGUUUGUGAAACUUUAGAAUAGCUCUAAAAAGCGGUGAUGAAAUGGAGUUAAAACAAUGGUUGGUGUAAUUCUAGCUUUGUGUUUAUGUAUCUCAAAUCCAUUCUAGUUUCACUAUACAUGUAAGAAAUAGGAAAGUGUCAAAGACCAUUCAGUGAAAUAAAGUUUCGUUUAAGAUAA